GCUGCCACGUCUGAUGCGACGAGCGAGCCUCUCUCUGCAAACCGGGAGUACUUAUUUGUGUGAGCUAGAGCGGUUAUGCGGUGUCCGCGCCGCUAGCUUUCCAACACGGGUUCUAUUGUGGACUUUAACGUUCCAGAGGAAGAAGUUUUACAGGAGAGCGAGAUGUUCUACGAGGGCGGCGCAGUGGCUGCACGGCCGUGGUGUGGGAGCCCGUAGCGUAGAGCAGCUCUCUCUGCGGCAGCAGCCACUGAGUGUGUGUCUGUGUGAGCAGAUCUCUGCUUGGGUUUGAAGCUGGUGUGAGGAGAAACUGGACUAGGUGGUAUUGCGGGUCAUGCCGGGGGGUCGGAGGGGACCGACUAGACAGCAGCUGAGCCGCUCCGGUUUGCCGACGUUACAGACAUUGGUCGGGAGCAGCUGUAGCAACGGCAUGGGGGUCCGUGCCAGGGGCAGUAAUACUGUGGGUCUGUCUCCAGUCCCCCUCACAAACCUCGUUACCCCGGAGCCUGUCCGCCAUUCACGCAUCCCCAGCAUCCCUCUGGAGAACACUGUCGUCUUUGAGUUCCUACUCUUCCUCUACCUGCUGGUGGCGCUAUUUGUGCAGUACCUCAACAUUUAUAGGACUGUCUGGUGGUAUCCCUACAGCAACCCUACUGCCUCCACCUCGUUGAAUUUUGAUCUAAUGGACCAUGACUUGGCCAUCUUCAUCACCGUCAUGCUGGCAAGGAGACUAGUGUGGACAAUUGUUUCUAAGCAGACCUCCCAGGUGAGUGUCACCUCCCUGCUCCAGUACAUGAUCCUGAUGUCCUCCCAGCUGGUCCUGCUCAUGUUGUGCGGGUGGGUUCUGUGCUGGACGCUGAUCAGGCUCUUCAGGAACCACUCGGUGCUCAGCUUGCUCUUCUUGGGUUACCCGUUUGGGGUGUAUUUUCCACUUUGCUGUUUCCACAAUGACAGUCGCUCGCAGACCAUCCCUGCCGACUGCACCUGCCUCGAUCAGGAGACAGAUGGGCCACCAGGUCGACCCAGGGACCUUCUGACACUGCUGCGGGAGAACCUGCGUGAACAUUUCACCAGCCACACCUCCUUGCCAGCCCACACCUGCCCUAUCUCGCCCGAGCACAUUCGCAGUGAAGUGGAGGGGCUCAAGAUGGAUUUUAACCGGCGCAUUAAGGAAGUGCUCUUCAACUCACUCUUCAGUGCUUACUACGUAGCCUUCCUGCCCCUCUGCUUUGUUAAAACGACACAGUACUACGACAUGCGCUGGUCAUGCGAGCACCUCAUUGUGGUGUGGAUCAAUGCCUUUGUGAUGUUGAUGACCCAACUUUUACCCCCAAAUUACUGUGACCAGCUGCACCGCUCUGCUGCCCACUUGGGCAGAUGGCAAAGGCUGGAACAUGGAUCAUACAGCAAUGCCCCACAGCACCUCUGGUCAGAAAGCACCAUCUGGCCCCAGGGGGUGCUGGUGCGGCACAGCCGCAGCCUCUACAAGGCAGUGGGGCCUUACAAUGUGGCGCUGCCUUCGGACGUCUCGCACGCCAGAUUUUAUUUGUUGUUCCACAAGCCAUUGCGGAUCCUGAACCUGUUGAUUGGGAUCGAGUCCAGUGUGGUCCUGUACCAGUUGUACUCGCUGCUGCGCUCAGAGCGCUGGAACCACACACUGUCACUUGGCCUCCUCCUCUUCUGCAACUACUAUGUGGUGUUCAGACUGCUACGGGAUCGCAUUGUGCUGGGCAAGGCCUACUCUGUGUCCCUGAGCAACGGCAACCUGGGCCUCAAGUCCCAGUAGUUGCUGGGCAAGGGGCACUUGGGCAAAGCCUGCUUCUCCCACUGGCUUUUUCAAAAAAAAAAAAAAAAACUGUGAAGGGAGUUAGCAGUGAAUUCAGAGAUAUUUUCAUAGUUUUAUUUUUCAUGCAGUCUUUAUUCUUUAUAUCUAUUUAAGAAAAAAAAAAGUAUAUUUUGUAUGCUGUUCCAGAGUGCCUGUACUUUUUGCACA